AUGGCAGCUAAGCUACGAUUCAAUCGCAUGAACAAUAUGGCCGAGCACGAAGCUUGUGUUCUUGGUUUGAAAAUGUCCAUCGACAUGAAUGUCUAUGAGUUAUUGGUUAUAGGAGAUUCAUAUCUUUUGAUUCACCAAGUUCAAGGAGGAUGGGCUGUGAAGAACCCAAAGAUUAUACCAUACGUACAAUAUGUGCAGAAGUUGUGCAAAAGAUUUCGUAAGAUCGAUUUCAGACAUACUCCCAAAAUGCAGAAUGAAUUGGCCGAUGCUCUUGCCACCAUCGCUUCGAUGAUUAAACAUCCAGAUAUAGAUUAUAUUGAUCCUCUAGAUAUAGAGUUGAAAGAACAUCUAGUCCAUUGUUCACAUGUUGAAGCAGAACCAGGGGGUUUGCCUUGGUUUUUUGAUAUAAAGAAGUAUUUGGAGUCUGGAACUUAUCCCGAAGAUGCUACGUCCAAUGAAAAGAAGUCGGUACGUUGUAUGGCCCUCAAUUUCUUUUUAAGUGGAGAAAUCCUGUAUAGGAGGACUUUUGAUUUGAGUCUUCUCAGAUGUGUCGAUGCUGUUGAAGCUGCAAAACUUAUUGAACAGAUACAUGCUGGAAUUUGUGGCACGCAUAUGAAUAGGCUCACUUUUUCAAGAAAGGUCCUUCGAGCCAAAUUUGGAAUACCAGAAUCCAUCAUUACUGAUAAUGGUGAAAAUAUCAACAGUCACUUGAUCAGAGAUAUAUGCGAGUAA